GAAGUCAUCUUUCCUCAUCUGCUCCUUUUAAGCCAGCAUUUUUGAGAGGGAGGUCCCUGCGAAGCAUAUACAAACACUCAGUCAAGCCUCCACUCUCAGCCCCACACACUGCACUAGUAGCCCGCAGAGAACUGACCUAUUCCUUCACACAGGACUAGAAGUUGAAGUGACCUGACAUCAAGAUGGCAACAAAGGGAGUCGGCAUGGCUAACAAAGGUCCAUCCUUCGGCUUGAGCCGGCAGGUUCAGGAUAAGAUCGACAGCAAGUACGACCCGGAGCUGGAGCUGAUCCUGGUGGAGUGGAUCAGCCGUCAGUGUGGCUCUGGUGUGGGAAAGCCAGAGGCAGGCAAAAUGGGCUUCCAGGCCUGGCUGAAAGACGGAUGUGUUCUAAGCGAACUGAUAAACAGUCUGUUUCCUGGAGAGAAACCUGUGAAGAAGAUCCAGAGCUCACCCAUGGCCUUUAAACAGAUGGAGCAGAUUUCCCAGUUCCUAAAUGCUUCUGAAAAGUACGGCGUCACCAAGACUGACAUGUUCCAGACUGUGGACCUUUGGGAAGGUAAGGACCUGGCAGCAGUGCAGAGGACCCUGUCGGCUCUGGGAAGCUUGGCCAUCACUAAGGAUGAAGGCACAUACAAUGGAGACCCUAACUGGUUCUUCAAGAAAGCCCAGGAGAACAAGAGGGAGUUCAGUGAUGACCAGAUGAAGGCGGGCAAAAACGUGAUUGGCCUACAGAUGGGGUCCAAUAAGGGAGCCAGUCAGGAGGGCAUGAGCUAUGGAAGACCCCGACAGAUCCUUUAAAAUCUACCCAAAACUUCUUCAGCCCCUUACACCUUCUUAGAGCCUGUAAACAUCUAACCGGUCCACUAUGACUCCCCUUUCAUCAUAGAACAUUUUCUGCUUUAGAAAUUAGUUCCUAAAAAGUACCCCCUCCUUCCUGGUUUUGACACUUGCCCCGAGCCCCCCUUAUGUAUAUGCUUGCACUGGUGAUCAUCGCUGAGCUCACCAUGCUUAGUCCUUCCCACUGCAGUUAGGACAAGUACAACUGAAUGUAGUCUUAAACCAAAACAGUUACAAUAAGAAAGACCAAUGCAUUGCCUUGGAGGUAAAAACAAGAUGACAAUGUGCAAAAAGUUGAGCUGUUCCAAUAUGAAACAGCAAUGAUAUUACAGAUAACUGACCACCGUCUCAUCUCUAAUGGCUUGCAAUGUCUGAAUUAUGGCAUUUUAUCUCCUAGAUUUUCGAAACAUUUGUUCUAGUUCCAACACAAAUAUCAGUCUGUGUUUACAUUAAUUACAGAAAGGAUAUUUUUUUCCAAAUUGUGAUAUAAUCCAUGGCGCACCUGUGCUUCGUAUAAUUUCCAAUAUUGUUCCUUGUUGAUUGUUCUUACCUACCACUUCCCACAAUGCUACGCCUGCUGUAUCAGCACCAAUAUUUUUGUACAUUGUCUUAUUAAAUAAUGACUUUGAAAUACA